AUCAUUACACAUCCUACUCUAUCAAAGUCCAAAAUCCCUUGAACAUCACAAAAGCUCAAUUCAUCUCGAAAAUCAAAGUAAUGGCAACUUCAGGCAUCCAACAGUCUGCAUUUGCUGGUCAGACAGCUUUGAAGCCUCAGAAUGAGCUUCUGAGGAAGGUUGGGAGCUUUGGAGGUGGCCGUUUUUCCAUGAGACGUACGGUCAAAAGUGCACCCCAAAGCAUUUGGUAUGGACCUGAUAGGCCCAAGUACUUGGGCCCAUUCUCUGAACAAACUCCAUCAUACCUGACCGGUGAGUUCCCUGGUGAUUACGGAUGGGACACUGCUGGGCUUUCAGCUGACCCAGAGACAUUUGCCAAGAACCGUGAGUUAGAAGUGAUCCACUGCAGAUGGGCUAUGCUUGGUGCUUUGGGUUGCGUCUUCCCGGAAAUCCUCUCGAAGAAUGGUGUCAAAUUUGGUGAAGCUGUCUGGUUCAAGGCUGGUGCCCAAAUCUUCUCUGAAGGUGGACUUGAUUAUCUUGGCAACCCAAACCUCAUCCAUGCCCAAAGCAUCCUUGCAAUCUGGGCCAGCCAAGUCGUGCUUAUGGGCUUAAUAGAAGGAUACAGAGUUGGUGGAGGGCCACUUGGCGAAGGACUAGACAAGAUCUAUCCAGGAGGAGCUUUUGACCCAUUGGGUUUGGCUGAUGAUCCUGAUGCAUUUGCUGAGUUGAAGGUGAAAGAGAUCAAGAAUGGACGAUUGGCAAUGUUCUCGAUGUUCGGCUUCUUUGUCCAAGCCAUUGUUACUGGAAAAGGCCCAAUUCAGAACCUCAUAGACCAUUUGGCCGACCCUGUUACCAACAAUGCUUGGGCAUAUGCCACAAACUUUGUGCCUGGAAAGUGAAGGAACAAAGGCUGUACUUGUCCAUGUGACUCUAAUCAAAAGCUAUUCAUAUCUAAGAAGUUCUUUGCUUGUGGAUUUGAGCAAUAUUGACAUGAUAUUUGGAAAAUUAGAGUACUA